AGCAGCAGCACUAGAUCGAGGAGCACUUCAACAGGCACCCGGACAGGAUGGGCAGCCAGACAGUGGAAUCCCCCCGACAGCUGGUGGGUGCAGCCAUUCAAGAGUUUUUUGGUGCCCUUCUCAUGUUUUUGGUGCUGUGGCCAUUUGUGGGUGUUUUGGGGGACACUUGGACUGCCUGGGUGGCUCACUUUUUCUUCGUAAUGCUGUGCGACAUCGUUUCAGGUGGAUCCCAAGUCAAUCCCAGCGUGUCAGUGGCUAUGUUCGUGCAUGGAGCCAUUUCUUUUCCCGGCGCCAUCGUCCGAAUCCUUGCACAGCUGGCAGCGGGCGUGGUCGCCUACCCCCUCCUCCAAAAACUCAGCCCCAGCUACGUCGGUGUGGGGGGACCCUGUUUGCAGGACGGCGUCAGCACCACCACUGGGGCCUUGGCAGAGUUCACCUUGACAUUUGCCCUCCUGACGUUGAUUUAUCUCGCCAUCACCAUCAUCGGUGCCCCCGGUCAGCGCCCGAUUAUUGCAGCAGGAAUUCGGUGCCUUAUCGUCGCAGGCACUCCUUACACUGGCCCUGCUAUGAAUCCGAUGAUUGCCUUCGGAUGGGCUGUGCAGAGCGACGCCUACAAGACAUUCGACCACUAUCUGGUUUAUUGGAUCGCGCCGACUGUGGGUGCUGUGUUGGCGACAGUCCUGUUCGCUGUGUUUCAGGCCUCGUUUUUAGACGAAAGAAAGAAAAACAAAGCGGACUAAGUGUGGUGUGAAAAAGAGUGAGAGAAUAUUGCGGGUUGAACGCGGCGAUGGCGAGCCUUUGAGGACUUCGGGAUAUAUCUCGUCACCAUCAGAGCCAUAUUGGCUCAGACCGGCAGCCCAAUCGGAGUGCAAUAGCUGCAGGUGGCGCCUGAAAAUUCGUUAUAUAUAGAGAGCGUGAUAAAUUUAAAUGAUGUAAGACGAAAGUCCACCAUUGAUACGCCAG